UUCAAUAGAUGAACACGUAGUAUUUUUAUAAAUUUUGAAAUGAGCAGUCCAAUCAAAUUACCACAAUUUUCAAAUGAAGAAUUUUUUAUAAAGGCAUUAAAAUCAACAUAUGGCGAUGAUAUUAAGAUCAAUAACAUUGAAUUUAAACUGAUAAGUGGCAGUGGUGAUAAUUACUGUAGUAAUGUAUAUCGGUUUCAUAUUACAUUCAAAGCCGGCACUAAUGAUGAAACUUUAACUGAAACAUUAAUUGUGAAAGAUUUAUUAGAUAUUAUAGUUAAAAGUAAUACAAAAGAAUUUGAUAUGUAUGAAAAGGUUCUGAAAAAAUUAGAGUCUAUAGUUAAUGAGUCGAUAACAACUGCCGAUAAAAAAAUAAAAUUUGCGCCAGAAUGCUAUCUACUAACUAGGGAAUUUGGUGAAACUUAUGUAUUUGAAGAUCUAAACGCUAAAGGUUAUCAAACUGUAGAUCGUUGGAAAGGUUUAAGUGAGUCACAAUGUUUUGCCACAUUGAAGAAGUUGGCAGAAUUUCAUGCAGCGUCGAUGAUUUUCGCAAAAAAGCAUCCUGAUUUAAUAGAAUUAAUUAAAGACUCACAUUUUAAAAAUGCUCCCAAUAAACUAAUGUUAGUAAUAAAAGAGAAUAUCAGGGCUGGAGCCUUGUACACCAAUAAACUGGAAGGCUAUGAAGAAAUCGUAGAGAAAAUAAACAAAAAUAUCGAAUGCUUUGUUGAAAGAAUGGAAGCUACUGUAGAUGACGCUGACUGCAGUUUUAAAGUGAUAAACCAUGCAGAUCUUUGGUCUCCAAACAUUUUGGUAAAAGGUACCCCUGAUGACACAGAGGAUGUUACAUUUUUGGACUUUCAAUUGUGUUGUUAUAGCAGUCCUGGCAUUGAUUUAAAUUUCUUAUUACAUACAAGUUUGCCAUUGGAACUCAUGCAAAGUAAACGAUAUGAAUUUAUAAGAUAUUAUUAUAAAGUCCUUAAACAAACUUUAAAAGAUUUAAAUAUGCCUGAGAUUGAUAUACCGACAUUUGAUCAGUUAAUGGCUGAAGUGAAACGCACGGAAUUUUAUAGUUUUUAUUGUGUUCUAUCGGAGUUACCAUUACUAUGUUUAAAUCCCGAACUUGCAAAACACAUGUCCAUCAUUUCAUUUACAGACACUGAAUUCAUGGAAAAGGUCCACCAUAGUAUGUUUGAUAAUGAACGCGUUUGUAAAACUUUAAAAUACACGUUAGAUCGUUUGAAUGAAUUGGGGAUUUUAGACUAAGAAAUAAAAAUAUAAAAUGCCGUCGGAAUGCUGCCAAAUACCACCU